UGUCUCGCAAUAGUUCAAAAAACGUUACCUGAAAGACAUCCCAAUCAAGCUAUUACAUACAGUAAUAUUGGUGAUGUUCAUCGAUUAAUGGGUAAUUAUGAAAAGGCACUUGCAUUUCAUCAAAAAGCAUUAAAUAUUCAAGAGAAUGUUCAAUGUAAUCCUCUGGAAUGUGCAACGACAUAUAUAAAUUUAGGUGAAACUUAUCGUGAAAUGAAAGAUUAUUCAACAGCAUUGAUAUAUUUCGAAAAAGGAUUAGAAAUAUGUGAAAAGAAAUUACCAAAAAAUCAUCCUGAUUUAGCUGUUGUAUAUCAUAAUAUGGCAAAAUUAUAUUUAUCUACUCGACAAUAUAAUAUGGCAAUGAAAAAUGUUCAACAAGCAGUUGAAAUAGCUCAAGAAAAAUUACCUUCAACUCAUCCUCAUCUUUUGGAAUAUAAAGAAACAUUUGAAAAAAUUCGAAUGAAAAUGUAA